AAGAGAGGCAGAGAGGGAGGAAGAGUAUGCCCCCAUCAGUGCAUGUGCUAUUGUUUUCUCCUCUUCUGAGACCUGGGGCAGUGCGGUGGCCCACCUCUCGGCUUGGCUCCACCCAUCCUGCUCUUAACGUGCUGCGCCUUUCUCACCAUGCAUCAUUCUGUCCUACUUCUCUCCUCCUCUGUCACCGGGCCGCUCUUUGUAUUGUCAUUGUGCCUUUUUUUUUUCCCUCUGCGUACUCUAUCUCUCUCUCAGACUCUGCUUAUGUUCUCUCCUCCCCUCCAGCUCUCUCCUCGUGUUUCCUCUCUGUGUCUCUGUGUAUGUCGGCUCAUAGCCUGACCUUGUUUCUCUCUUGUCCGAUACUUAGUGCAUACUCUGUUUCUCUCCACUUCCUCCAUAUCUCCCCCAUGAGGACUCUGCACCGGUUGAAGUUGAUGAGCUCUCCCAGCCUCAGCGAGCUGGGGAAGAGUGAGAAAAGUUCACCAGAGGACAGAGGGGAGAAGCAGAAGAGAGCAGGAGCAAACGCCACCUGGAACAGCAUCCACAACGCUGUCAUAGCAGUCUUCCAGAAGAAAGGUUUGGCAGAUAACGAACUCUACACCCUCAAUGAAGGUGUCCGGCAUCUGCUGAAGACUGAGCUGGGGUCCUUCUUCACAGAAUACCUUCAGAACCAGUUGCUGACAAAAGGCAUGGUCAUCCUUCGGGACAAAAUAAGGUUCUACGAAGGUCAGAAGUUACUCGACUCUCUGGCAGAGACGUGGGACUUCUUCUUCUGUGAUGUUCUCUCGAUGCUGCAGGCCAUCUUCCAUCCAGUCCAGGGUAAGGAGCCCUCUGUCCGACAGCUAGCUCUGCUUCACUUCAGGAACACGAUAGUCCUGAGUGUAAAGUUAGAGGACGCCCUCUCCCGACCUCGGGCCCGAGUGCCCCCCUCUGUUACACAGAUGCUGCUUAUCCUACAGGGGGUCCACGAGUCACGCGGUGUGAAUGACGACUACCUGAGGCUCGAGUCUCUGGUUCAAAAGGUGGUCUCGCCUUACCUGGGCACACACGGACUUUACUCUGGAGAUGGCGCUGAGGCUCACUGCUGUGUCCUGGAGAAGUGUUUACCGUGGCCCAAGUCUGCGGAUCAACCGUCUAAAAACCCUGUGGUACGAUCGAAAAGCUACAAUAUCCCUCUGCUGCUGACUCCGGUGGCUGAGUAUGACCCAGAUGCCAGCUCCGUUGGCAGUGGAGGAAUCCGGCGCCACUCGGCCUGUGAGAUUAUAUCAUGCCUGGAGGAACAAGGACUGGCCUACGCUGACCUGGCCUCAGGACCUGAACUGUCUGGCCCCUCCUCCCACAGACUGUGUGUGGGCUCUCAGUUCAACGGGAUUGUACAAGCGGGAGCGAGUGCCAUGGACUUGCCUCUUUUGUCUCCUUCCAUCCUUCCCCUUCAUUCCUCAGGAGCUCUCCACGGCACCGAGGCCACGACCACAAUGACUGAUCUCAGUAAAGGUGCAUCCUCCACGCCGCCCAGCGAAUCAUCCAGCCCUGAAACCAUAAUUGGACAAGUGUUAGAGUCUGCAGACUCAGACUCAGAUGGGAUAUUUAUUGAUUUCCCACCUCACUCCUCAGAGGCUAUGGGGUACGGUCGUGAGAGCAGGCAGAGCACUGUGUAGCUGCGGUUGCCGUUAGGAACGCAGCACCCCCAAAACCCCCCAACCCCAGCGUGUACGGUAAAAAUCUGUGAGAAAGAUUAAAGAAAUCUACAUUUCAUUAAAUGGGUACCAUCUUCCUUUUUGACUGUAGUUCGAUGAGUUUUCCAAGACCACUGCUGGUGAGUGAAAACCUUUUAUCCAACAAAAACACACAGCAGUGGAACUGUUAUUUAAGGACUUUUACCAGGUUUUCAACUUCAGGACGCUGUAGUUACGACUUCAUCUAAGCUUUUUUAUCCUCAAGUCAGAUAAUGGUCUUAAGAGAUAAGUCUGGUGGUGUUCUAUAUUUUCUUAUUGACGACAAAUCCCAUGAAAAAGACCAAAAUCUGCAUGAAUUGAUGCCACUAACAUCAGUGAGCCACACAGCUGCACUGACAUGCUUCUCAGUUCACAAACACCAUCCUGCUGCCUGAAAAUGUGUAUUAAUCCGCAGCUUAAAAUAGCACCCAACAAAUACAAAAUAUCAUUCAGAUUUUAUGACUUUCAGACUUUUCAUGAGAUUUGUUGACAAUAUCACAAAUAUACAACAUAAUCAACACUAUAUCUUAACCCACAGAGGAGAAUGUAAACCUUCAACUGAAGUUAAAAUCACAAAAAUAACCAAAAUUGGAGUUUAUGAGGUUUUCACGCAGUGGAAAUGGUUGUGAGAACCACCAUUUUACACCGAAAAAAGUACAGAAACUUUACAUAUUUAUCAUGGAUUUGUUUUGUAUAUGUGUAUUUUGAACCUUACGGCAGUUUUAUAUUUUCUGUUUACGCUUUGUUGUCUUGCCUUUUGGGAGUAACACAGUUAACGGCGUCUUCUGCUCUCACUUUUGUAUGACAUCUUAUAAAAAUGUGGACUGUUGAAUUGUUUUUAUUGCCAGCGGCUGUCAUAGACGUCUAAUGCAAAAUUCUCUUCUUGGAGCAAACAUCAGUGUGACAGCAUUUGCUCUUUCUGCGUUAGCUCUGUACAGCGGGAGUUUGAGGAAUAAUGACGAUGUUUAUUGUUUACAUUUGACAAAGACAUGAGCAUUUUGACUGAAUGUCGUCUCACACACUGUAUUUUGCACCACCACUACCUUGUAAAUAAAAGUGCAUUGUUGGUUUUUAGGACAGCUAGAUAGUGUAAAGUGAGCUUUUACCUUUAAAUGAAUUUAAAUUUUAAUAAGGGCUUUUUAACUGAAUCUUUUUCAAACGAUGUUUUACCUCAAGCGUUUUGUACUUUACUUUUUUUGACAAUCUAUGAUGUCUACGGAGUUGUACUUUGUAUUAAUUUGUUAUACUAGCCCAGUAAAAAUUUAAAUAAAUUUGAAUAGUAUUUAAAAA